CAGGGAGCCACUGGAGAGGAGCUAAAGAGCCACAGGUUGCUGACCUCUGACCUCUGACCUAUCCUAACCAUGAAUGUAGAGAACAGCCUAACUGUAAUCUCGCGAGAGUUCCUCCAGUUCGCUGUUCCCUCCUUGUUGGUUGCAGCAUCCUGAGUAACGUCAACUUUAACUUGACAUGUCGCUCACAUGAGGCGGUACAAAAGGUUCUGUAUAGGAUGUGACCGUUGCUGAUGCUGCAGCCAUGCAGUCAGUGCUGCGCUCCGACCAUCAAAAGUAUGGUCCAUCUGCACCAUGUGCCCUUUGGCCAGUGGACCUCAAGUUAACUCACUUGGACUGGAACCCUGAAGCAACCCUGAUACACUUCCAGGGACAAUACAUUACCAUAUGUGAUCUUGACUAUAACAUCUUGCAAGGCGAAAUACAGAACAUACCAAAGACUAAAGCUGCAGUGGAUAUCGGAGAGUUUUGCCUCGUGGAAGAUUUGACUUCAGGCCGCUGGUACAGAGGAAGAGUUCAGAACCGAAAAGAGGACUUGUUUGAUGUUUUCCUCAUAGAUCAUGGUAACGUCUUGAGUGUCGACAUCGCACACAUAUCUUCCUGUUCAAACGACCUGUUCAUCCUGCCUCCCAAGAUAGUUUGCGGCUUUCUUGCAAAUGUACUGCUGCUUCAAGGUUGUUCUCAUUCUGUAGUGGAGGGGUACUUCUCAAACCUGAUUGGAAGAAAUGUCACAGGUUACAUCCAAGCCCUUCUGCCCCAUAAAGUGCUCUUGUUGGAAGCCCCUGACAUCAACAUUGACCUUGUCAGACAUGGGUUUGGGAGGCAUGUGGACACAGAUACUUUCCUCCUCUUGGUGGGGAUGCUCACAGAGGUGCCACUCAAACAAAACAUAGAGCCAGUUCCUGACUUACUCAUUGAAAAGCCAAGGGGACAAGAAUUUAGCUUCAAACCGUCUUGUUUGCAGGGAUACGAAGACAUACUUUCUCUCUGUGGGCCUAGAUUAAGUUGUGGGACACGUGCUAAAGUGCAUGUAACUGCUGCUGUUCACCCUGGGCUGUUUUACUGUCAGAUGACCAGUAUGGAAACAGAUCUUUGGGAAAUGUCAAAGAAGCUGGCUGCAGUUAAUGAGUGCCGAACCAAAGAACGCAACCAGAAGACACCAGAAAACCUGGGUUUACUGUGCUCAGUCAAAGGCAAAGAUGGGAAAUGGCACAGAGGCUUUGUGCAGUUUCUCCCAGUCAACUCUCAACUUCGAGUUUUGUUCAUUGACUACGGAUUCUUUGAAUCUGUCAAAGUUGAGAACGUCCACAGGUUGCCACCUGACUCAUUUUCAACACCCAUCAUGGCGUUCCCAUGCUCGCUCUCCUCCCUGGGUGAUCAGGAUGAGGCGGUCAAAACUCAGCAGUUGAGUUUUCUCAAGGCAGGCUUGCUUGGAAGAGUGUUAGAUGUGGAGAUCAGUAGUUUUGACGAAAAACACCACCUGUACUCUAUCACAGUAAUUGGUGCUGAAGAUAUGAAGGCACCAGAGCCCAUUCAAGAGCUUCCUAGAAUGAAGGUGGAGUCAGUUUUUGAGGCAGAAGAUUUGUCACCUCAGUGUGGCUAUUUAAACUAUGAGACAAUCAUGGGCGAAGCAUUGAGUAAAACACUGGAAGCAGAAGAGGUGCAUGUAGACUCUGUCUUUGUGGGCUAUGUCGAGUAUGUCCAGAAUCCAAGCCACUUCUGGAUCAGAACACAUAAGCGCAAUGAUGAGUUUGAAGAAAUGAUGACAAAAAUGACAGAGAACUUCAGUCAAGUGAAGCUGGAUGAAGACAUGCUGUUGAAUCCUGAGCUUGGGACACUGUGUUGUGCAGUUUAUGAAAAAGACAUGCAUUUCUACAGGGGUGUAGUGACAGACACUCUUGAUCAUGGAUCUGAAGUUCUUUUUAUCGAUUUUGGGAACAUUGAGAAAGUGCCACACAUGUUGAUCAAGAAGAUACCCGAGGCAUUUGCCAGCAAAUCAGCAUUUGCCUUCUGUUGUACUCUUGUUAAUGUGUUUCCGUUGGAUGAUGUCUGGACAAGCACCGCCUCUGACUUUUUCAGACGAGCUGUGUCAAACAAAGCACUGCUAGUCCAUGUUGUCCAAAUGAAAAAAAACAAAUUUGUUGUUGAUCUCCAUGACAUGGGAAGUGACAACAAGCAAAGUGUCACUGAGCUCCUGAUCUCUGCCAAACAAGCUGCAUAUUGGAACAACAUUACCAUACAGCCUGCGGUGCAAAACAACACAGAUUUGACAGAAAAAACAAGAUGCAGAAGAAAUGGUGUGACAUCAGACAUCAGUGGGAAUACAGAGCAAUUGAAGGAUUGUGAGGAGGAGGAGAAAACAGCCAAAAAUCAAACUGAGAAGGCCCAAGCACCCGCUAGCUUCAAAGCCUUAAGCAUCAAGCCUGGGUGUAAUUUUGCUGUGUCUUUCUCUAACAUCAAGUCUCCAUCAGAUUUCUGGUGCCAGCCUCUAGAUAAGCGUCCAGCUUUGGAGGAACUGAUGGAUAAAGUUAAUCAAUAUUACUCAACUCACACAGUUCCCCUCCAAUCAGGGGAUUCAUGUUGUGUCGCCAAGUCACCUCAAGAUGGAAAAUGGUACAGGGCCUUCAUCACAGAGAAACAGAACGGUCAUGCCCGAGUGAUGUUGGUUGACUAUGGCUUUACCAUCCAAAUCAAGGAGCAUAAUCUUCAGGCAAUAAUGCCAGAAUAUGUUUUUUUGGAAGGACAAGCUUUCAGGUGCAGCCUUUACUACCAAAUCGAGCCUGCUGACCCCAACAACAGUGAGGAUUGGAAUCUGGAGGUGUGUAAGUCGUUGAAAGAUCUUAUCCUCGACAGCGCUAGCGGGCUAAGAUGUAAAGUUGUCUCACAGUUGAAUGUGGAAAACAAAGAGCUGUGCAAUGUUGUGGAGCUCUACAACACCAAAACCCAACAGAGCAUAACAGAUUUGCUCUUGGAACAGGGCCUGCCAAGAGAAGCGACAAUCUCAACGAAGCAACUGUCAACAGUGUUUCCCGAGUCUUUCGUCUACUCUUCAUAUGACCUAAACCCUGGAAAUGAAGAACAAGUCUACGUCACUCACGUUAGCAGUCAGUGGGAGGUCUACUGCCACCUUGAGAGAAACACUGAAAUCAUUGAAGAGCUCGAAAAGAAAAUCUCAGAGGAGAGUGAGAAAAUGAUGCAAGCCAGUAUGAGACCAGUUGUUAAGAAGCUGUUCCUGGCAAAAUACGUUGAUGGCAGAUGGUACAGGGGUUUGGCACAUCCUGUUCAGUCGCCUCUGCACCUCAGUGUGUUUUUUGUGGACUAUGGAAACUCAAACAUAUCUGAGAGAACCCACGUCAUGUCUAUCCCCAGGGACUCUGCUGAUUUGUUGUACACACCCAUGCAGGCUGUGAAAUGCCACCUUGCUUCAGUGUCCAAGGAAGAGCACUAUGCAGAUGUCAAAGAAUGGCUUGAUGGUGCAAUCCUCAACAAGCAAGUGAGGGCUGUCAUAGUUGGAAAGAGCAAAGAUGGUUCAUUUGAUGUUGAACUGUUUGAUGGAGAUGUAAACAUUAAUGAGAAGGUAAAGGAGCUCAUUCUCAGUCUUUCACCAAAACCAAAGACAGUUGUGAGUUUUAACAUGAGCAGCACAAAGACAAAACUUAAAACUCUCCGCACAGGAAGCACAAAGACUUCAAUUCAAUACAAGAGUCAACGUAAAUGGCCGCUUUCAAGUUUCCCCACAUUGAAUGCCUCAAGACGCACUCAAAUUUGGAGUGCAUCUCGCAAAAAGAAAGAAAACACAAAAAGCUAUACUCAUGGGAAAGCUCAGAACAAGAACACAGACGUAAAACAACAAAGAGAGUACCGAGAUACAAACAUAAACACAGAACAACCACAAGAUAUGGAGGAAUCGGAGAGCCCUCAGCUCUCGUGUUUGCCGGACAUGAAAGUGAGUGCAGAUUUCAGGGAGAAGUGUUUCGUCUCCCACAUCAACUCGGUCAACAGUUUUUUUCUUCAACUGUCGGAGGAUGAACCAGCCAUCUUGAAAAUGGGUGAAGAUCUCAACUCAAGUAUCUUCAGAGAUUCCUUGAAGGCUACCCCAUCUUUGAGAAUCCAUGACCUUGUUCUGGCUGAGUAUGAGGAAGAUGGAGCUCUGUAUCGUUCUGCUGUGAUGGACUGUGAAGGAAGUUCCCGUUUCAAAGUUGAGUUUGUGGACUAUGGAAACUCGGCAGUCGUGGGGAAGGAGAAGAUCUACUCUAUACCAAAGGAGUGUCUCUCUCAGCCAAGAUUCAGCAUUUCAUGCUCUCUAUUGGACACAAGCACGUACGAAAAUGAUGCUGCUUUCACUGACGCUGUAAUGGAGAAGCCUCUCAUGGUUGAUUUUGUCCGUCAUCAUGAAGUUCAUUGGGAAGUCAAGGUUGAGAUUCUUGACAGAGCGGUUGGUCUUCCAGCGGCACUUGAAGCAGCUGUUGAAAGUAGCACUGAAACCGAAAAGGAAGAGGAAACUCCUGUGGAUUCAUCUGAAAUGGAAGAGAAAGUGAGAUCCUGCAAGCAGAACUACCUGAGCGAGAAUGAAACGACUAAAUCCGAAAGAACCACUGUUGAUGGUGAAAACUUAAUGUUGAAACCAACACCUGACAAACUGUCACCUAAACUAGGAGAGCAUAGAAGAGCACCCACCAGAGACAAAGGAGAUUUUAAGGAGAAUCAAAGAAAAAUCGCAAAAUCCUCUGUCAAAGCGAAAAUUGAUUGGGCAGAUGCAAUCAUACCUAUUCAAGCUAAAGACACAGAGAGUGGUACAGUUCUGUCGGUCCUGAGUAACAGCAAUUUUUACGUCAGACUUAAUAAGACCAGUGAACUGCUUACUUCAUUGGAAAGUUGUAUAGCUGACAACCUAUACAAGUGUGAAAUGGUGGCUGAAGAGGACGUCAAACAAGGCCUGAGGUGCUUAGUUCAGGUAGACAAGGACAAGCAGUGGCACAGGGCUGUCGUUCAAGAUGUAGGCCGGGAAAAAUGCCAGGCCCUCCUCAUGGACCAUGGAAUAACAGAAGAAAUUCCAAGUGGCUCAAUCCGACGACUGUGUAGCAAGCUGACAGAAAUCCCGCACCUUGCAGUUUUGUGCAAGGUGAACUGCUUUGGGUUCAGUGAGGGAGAGGGUGCUCACGAAUUGUGGUUUGAAACUCUCAAACCAAUGAUCGGCAAAGAAGUCAAGCUGGUGUUUGUAUGUUAUUCAAAAGCUGAUAAACUGUGGAAGGUUGAAAUAAUCAUGAAUGGACUGUUCCUCAUCCGUCAGAUCACAACCUCACUGCAGCAGAAUGCAGAGACGAUCCCGUCACCCACCGAAACCCAAAAUAAGAAAGCAGAAGGAGAAUUGGACACAAGCCCUCCUCAGCAACUUGUCUUUGCUCCUAUUGAUAUAGACAAAGCGUAUUCUGGAUUUGCUUCUGCAGUGAUGACUCCGUUUGAGUUUUGUGUUGUUCUGGAGGACUUGCUUCUCGUCAUGAACAAAGUGUCAAUGAUGUUGGACAACCUCCCUGGGCAGAUGUCUCCUCUUCCUGAAGCCCACCUCGUCCCUGGCACCUGCUGCCUGUUGAAUUCAGACACCAAGAAUAAAUGGUGCAGGGCUGAAAUCGUACAUGCCGACACCACAGCGGUCCUAAACCUGGUGGAUUAUGGCCACUGCGAAUGCAUCCCAUACAAAGACUGCUCCAAGCUGAAGAGGCUUCCUGAGGACAUAACGGACCUCCCAAAGGUGACGUACCCCUGCAUUCUGAGAGGGGUGAAACCAGUUGGAGUGGAUGGACAGUGGACCGAUGGAGCAGGAGUCUUUUUCCAGCAGUGUUUGUACCAGAAGAACCUCCAGAUCUUCUUCAGAGAGUUUGUGUCAAACACACACUGGAAGGUGGAUAUUCUGGCAGAUGGCGUCCAUGUUGCCAAGGAGCUGGUCGAUGCCGGACAUGCCAAUUAUAUAGACAUCAUGCUAGGACUGAGGUUCCAGGAACAGAGCCCCUGUAAAGCAGCUCCUCGUAGCCCUAACAGUGAGGAAGAGCCUGGCCAGGAAGAUGAAGGCUCCGACAGGAAGUCAGAUCUCUAUGUUGAGUCUACUGAUGAAGCAGAGGGGAAGAUGCCUCUUAGCCUCGUUUCUGGAUCACAUUGUCAAUGUUUUCUAAUGUGAAGGCAGUCUGGUUGUAUCUUGUCACUAAAAUGAGCAGCGACUUUAGUGAGGUGCUACUUGUUGGAUGUUUUGGCUAAACGUUGAGCCUCAGCACUUUCAGAGUGAGUUACUGUGUUAUUAUGUAAAUGUAUUUAUGGUGAAACAGAUUUGUUUUGUUUUGUUGACUUAGUAUAGAAGAUUUGUAAGUCAGUAGCACCAUGUUCCUUAAAAGCGAAAGAAAUCUGAGUUAGUGAACUGUUUUAUUUAAAUUAGGUGUUCUCCUCAUACACUCUCCUUAUACUUUUUACAUUAAUAAUGUUGAUGGAUGUUCAGAUUUUUUUACUGUUUAGAGUGUUUUAUGUUUAAAAAAGAAAAGAUGAAGUCGGACAGUAAGAGCUGCAGUGUUUGUUUUAGCAAGGUGAACUGAAUGUAAUGUAGCCAAGCAGACAUUUUGUUUGAUUAAUUUUAAUUUACACAUUUUAUAGGACAUUUGUAAAUACGUCUACUUUGUUAAUUUUGAGUUUUAGUGACUACAUUUUUCCAGAUUUAAAAAAAAAAAGAGUUUUGUUUGAACCUUUACAGUUAGUGCCUUCUGUUGAUUACAUUUUGAGUUGAAUGGAAAAAAAACAAUUAAAUCUUUAUUGAUACUUAUUUUGCUCUCACAUAAUUUGUUGUCUUAACUAGUAGUGGGACAGAUGUUCAUUUAGGGGUGUGGGAAAACUGAGAAGUCCUGAAAUGACCCCUAUAGAAAUUCAAAUUCAUGUUUCACCACUAGAGAGCGCUGUUAAGCCAUGAUUGAUUGUUCACAGUAAGUCGUGUGGACGCUACAUCAUGCAUCCCUAACCAUUCAACCAGUAUUAAGUGGUGUCUGUUUACAUUGGAGUUUUACCAAUUGGGAAACUAACAUUACAGUAUGUGAGGUACAGUAAUGGCUGUCAAACCCAACUUACCAUUGCUGUUUUAGCAGUUUUUACUUGUUACGAAUGUAAAAAGUGUAAAUUACAAGACUUCUGUGAACCUU